AUGCACUCGGAACUUGCUCAGCUUCUUCGGACUGAUGCGCGGAAAAAGGCUAAGCUCGGCUGGGACGGCUACUCUCGACCGCUCCGCCAUCCAGUGGUGCUCGGAAUUGCUCCCCAUCAGAGGAGUUCUCGUAUUGUCUGCGGCCUCGACAUCCGUAGAAGAUUUUGGCUCUCCCUCGCCGUCGCUGAUGGACUCGUCAGAAAUCAGGUGGCCUUCGACUCGCUGCUGAAUAGCCGGCUCAUGUCAGCCACCGGAAACCAAGCUUCUUCUGUUGUCGUGGUUUGCCCUCCCCACCUCGCCGUUCGCCACAAAUUGAGAGUCGCCGGGACUGCUUGCUCCAGCCCAUAA